GCGAUCCACCCACCUUGGCCUCCCAAAGUGCUGGGAUUACAGACAUGAGCCACCACGCCCGGCCAGUCUGUGUCUUUUAAAUUCAAGGGAAAGAACUGGAAUAGUUCAGCUAAAGUUGGGUAUUCACUUUGGUCCCAUCAGUUAUGGCAGGGUUGUGGAGAGUGUCAUUCAGUUCAGAGAGGCUGCCUGGGUUUUGUGGGAAAGACAGAGUCACUGAGAAUGGGGGCUUAUUAAUAGCUUUCAAAUAGUUUGGUGGUUGCAAAUCUCCAUGCUUUAAAAUAUAUAUGAAUUUUUGAACAGCCGAGAAUCAUUCAGGGCUAACUUUAAUAAAGAGAGAGUCAAUCUAGGAUAUGUCAUAUGGGGUCAAGAGAAAAUAAUAGCUAUAACCUAAUGAGCUUUAUCUUAUUUAUCUCCAAAGAUGGUGUUCAGAAAGGAGUUAAAAAUCAUGUGGUUUGUUUCUUAGCAGCACCAUCGAAAUUAAGGAAGGGUGUAACUUCAUUUGGUAAGGACUUUAACAUGGGCAUCCUCACUUGGAUUUUUAAAAUUCCACUUAAGAAUCACGGACUUUUAGACUUAGAAGUCACCUGAGACAUGCUUUAGUUCUACACUCACAUCUUUUAAUAGAAGAAAACUGACAUGUAUACAUUGUGAAAGACCUAGGAUUGGGUCCUGAGGCCUUUGGCUCUAAAUCCAGUCACUUGUUUCAGCAGGGACAAUUAUCCCAGCCCAGUGCUUUUUCUGUUGUACCUUCUAUACCUGCUUAUUUUAAAAAUAGGAAGAAGCCAAACUAAACAAAUGAUCUAAAAAGUCAUACUGUAUAGUUCCAUUUAUACGAAGUACAAAAACAGGCAAAACUCAUGGAUGAUGAUAAGAAGUCAGAAAUUCCCCUUUAAAGGACUGGAAGGAUUGACGGAAAGAGGAAGUAUGAAGUAAUUUUCUAGGGUGAUGAAAAUGUUCAGUGUCUCGUUUUGAGUGGUGGUUAUAGGAAGAUGCAUGUGUAUAUUUAUAUGAUGUAUAUUUAUAUAUACAAACAUAUGUACCCUUAAGCCCUCUGCAUUUUAUUGUAUGUAAAUUAUAUCUCAGUUUUUAAAAUUGACCUCACAACCGUGCAGUCCUGUCUACUAAUUGCAGCAGCUUUGCCGAUAAGGAUAAGGAUGCAUCUCUAGGCAUCCAGAGAUUGAUGGCGCCACCCCUAGAACAAGAACUCCCUGUCUUGCUGUAACUGGAGCAGAGCAUUCUCCCCAGAAAUUAUGCAGAUAGGGCCAGUUUCUUUUCUGAGGUUUGUCGUGUGUCUAGGCACAUAGAAAUUACGUGUGAAAAAUUCUGCCAUGAGCUGCAGAAGUUAUGGAAGCUUUGGGGGCCAUAAGGCCUACCCACUUCAAUCCCUUUAGGCUGCGUUUAAUUGCAGUGGACAGAAGUUGAGGCUGGCUCAGAGGAAAAGGGGAAAGCGUUGGCCGAAGCCAGUCCACGUUCUGUCCCCACAUUAUGACUUACUAGCUGGGUGAUCUUGGGCACUUAACAAAACACUGAGCUUUAGUUGUGCCAUCUUCAAAUGGAGGUGAUGAUCCUGUUCUGCCUAAUUCAUGGGGCUGCUGGGAGGACACAAUAAGAUAAGUGAAAGCACUUGGAAAACUAGUUCCUUUACAUUGUCAUGUUCUGGAAAUGCUGGCUUUUUAUGACAGUAGAUUUCUGAAGCAUCCCAUCCUGACUAGGAAAUGGUCAUGAAAGCAUCCCCCUUUCUGAGGCUGGUGGGCUUGUGGGGGACAGGACUUUUACUCCUUUUCAUCUAAGAGGUUUAUACUUACCAGGCUGUGAGAACUGACGUCUGUGUUUGGGCUGAAAAAUUGAUAGCAUACAUGCAUAAUAGCCUCGUGACAGCUAUGCUUUGUACGCCAGGAGAGGCAGGUGGUCCCCAUUAGCGAGGCAUGAAUUGUGGGUGAAUGGCUAAACCUGGAGGAUGCAGAAAGGUCUUUUUCAUUAAGAGAGAGGCCUCUCCUGGACCUGUAGUCAAGGAGUGUAAAUAUACAUUGAAAUAAUCCAUCAGCCAAGUGACUUCCCUUCGUCAGACCUUGGAGAGAGAAUGCUUUAGUUACUGCUUGGAAUACCAGUAAGCUAUCAGAGUUGCCUAGGAUACCAGUCACAUGGGCCCAUCUUCCAGACUUGCUCAAGAUGAUUUAUUUUCCUUUAUUUUGGAGACAAGUGGGGGAGGGGGUCAGAGGUACUUGCAAAGCCUUGUCCUUAUAAGAGGGGCCCUUGUGUGAGGAUAUCCUUACCUCCCUCCACUUGAGUUGUCAGCCGCCCUUGCCCUUGGCAGUAGGGACGAAAAUAGCAUUUCCUGUCCCAGUUAUCUUCCCCAUUUUCUGAUGUCGUCCCACACAGAGGAGGCUUUGCAUUGUGUCCUUUGAGGGGAAAGGAGUGGCAUCGAUGAGUGCGGAGGAAGCAAGAGAGCAUGUAGCUGGGCCCUGCUGACGCUGGGAUCUUCCUAGGAUGACUGCAGAAAGAAGUAGCCUGGCUCCUCCAGCUAACCACUCAACCAAGAAAAGGCUGUCUAUUCUUAUCUGUCUCGGAGCAUAUGCUUCUCUCCUCCCAAGAAUUAGAGCCCAUUGGGAAAGAUGCCACCACCGUCAGACAUUGUCAAAGUGGCCAUUGAGUGGCCAGGUGCUAACGCCCAGCUCCUUGAAAUCGACCAGGUAUGCUCCUGAAGUGAGAAGCAGUGGUUCAUGGAAAGGCACCUGGGGAGUGCAUGGCAGAGGACAUCUUGAGGGAUGGGGACCACCGGCAUCAAGAAAACGGCCCCUGGCAUCCAUUAUCAAGGAAGUUUGUGAUGGGUGGUCGUUGCCAAACCCAGAGUAUUAUACCCUCCGUUACGCAGAUGGUCCUCAGCUGUACAUCACUGAACAGACUCGCAGUGACAUUAAGAAUGGGACAAUCUUACAACUGGCUAUCUCCCCGUCCCGGGCUGCACGCCAGCUGAUGGAGAGGACCCAGUCAUCCAACAUGGAGACCCGGCUGGAUGCUAUGAAGGAGCUGGCCAAGCUCUCUGCCGACGUGACUUUCGCUACUGAGUUCAUCAACAUGGAUGGCAUCAUUGUGCUGACAAGGCUCGUGGAAAGUGGAACCAAGCUCUUGUCCCACUACAGUGAGAUGCUGGCAUUCACCCUGACUGCCUUCCUAGAGCUCAUGGACCAUGGCAUUGUCUCCUGGGACAUGGUUUCAAUCACCUUUAUUAAGCAGAUUGCAGGGUAUGUGAGCCAGCCCAUGGUGGACGUGUCAAUCCUUCAGAGGUCCCUGGCCAUCCUGGAGAGCAUGGUCUUGAACAGCCAGAGUCUGUACCAGAAGAUAGCCGAGGAAAUCACCGUGGGACAGCUCAUCUCACACCUCCAGGUGUCCAACCAGGAGAUUCAGACCUACGCCAUUGCACUGAUUAAUGCACUUUUUCUGAAGGCUCCUGAGGACAAACGACAGGAUAUGGCCAAUGCAUUUGCACAGAAGCAUCUCCGGUCUAUAAUCCUGAAUCAUGUGAUCCGAGGGAACCGCCCCAUCAAAACUGAGAUGGCCCAUCAGCUGUAUGUCCUUCAAGUCCUAACCUUUAACCUUCUGGAAGAAAGGAUGAUGACCAAGAUGGACCCCAAUGACCAGGCUCAAAGAGACAUCAUAUUUGAACUGAGGAGGAUUGCAUUUGACGCAGAGUCUGAUCCUAGCAAUGCCCCUGGGAGUGGGACCGAAAAACGCAAAGCCAUGUACACAAAGGACUACAAAAUGCUGGGAUUUACCAACCACAUCAAUCCGGCCAUGGACUUUACCCAGACUCCUCCUGGAAUGCUGGCCUUAGACAACAUGCUGUACUUGGCUAAAGUCCACCAGGACACCUACAUCCGGAUUGUCUUGGAGAACAGUAGCCGGGAAGACAAACAUGAAUGCCCCUUUGGCCGCAGUGCCAUUGAGCUCACCAAAAUGCUCUGUGAAAUCCUGCAGGUUGGGGAACUACCAAAUGAAGGACGCAAUGACUACCACCCGAUGUUCUUUACCCAUGACCGAGCCUUUGAAGAGCUCUUUGGAAUCUGCAUCCAGCUGUUGAACAAGACCUGGAAGGAGAUGAGGGCAACAGCAGAGGACUUCAACAAGGUUAUGCAAGUCGUCCGAGAGCAAAUCACUCGAGCUUUGCCCUCCAAACCCAACUCUUUGGAUCAGUUCAAGAGCAAACUGCGUAGCCUGAGUUACUCUGAGAUUCUACGACUGCGCCAGUCUGAGAGGAUGAGUCAGGAUGACUUCCAGUCCCCGCCAAUUGUGGAGCUGAGGGAGAAGAUCCAGCCCGAGAUCCUUGAGCUGAUCAAGCAGCAGCGCCUAAACCGGCUCUGUGAGGGCAGCAGCUUCCGAAAGAUUGGGAACCGCCGAAGGCAAGAACGGUUCUGGUACUGCCGGUUGGCACUGAACCACAAGGUCCUUCACUAUGGUGACUUGGAUGACAACCCACAAGGGGAGGUGACAUUCGAAUCCCUGCAGGAGAAAAUUCCUGUUGCAGACAUUAAGGCCAUUGUCACUGGGAAAGAUUGUCCCCACAUGAAAGAGAAAAGUGCUCUGAAACAGAACAAGGAGGUGUUGGAAUUGGCCUUCUCCAUCCUGUAUGACCCUGAUGAGACCUUAAACUUCAUCGCACCUAAUAAAUAUGAGUACUGCAUCUGGAUUGAUGGCCUCAGUGCCCUUCUGGGGAAGGACAUGUCCAGCGAGCUGACCAAGAGUGACCUGGACACCCUGCUGAGCAUGGAGAUGAAGCUGCGGCUCCUGGACCUGGAGAACAUCCAGAUUCCCGAAGCCCCACCCCCCAUCCCCAAGGAGCCCAGCAGCUAUGACUUUGUCUAUCACUAUGGCUGAGCCUGGAGCCAGAAACGAUGGUACCCAGGAGAAGGGAUUUUGGGCCCAGGAGAAACACUUACAGUCUGGUGCCUUGUCUUUUGCUUGUACAGAAUCUGUAGUGAUUUUGGUGGCCAGUAAAUGCCAGCCAUUUCUCAAACCCACCUCAGACCACCCAGAGUUUCCUCUUGGUCCCUGUCUACUAAGAGUUAUGAAGGCAGGGUGCUCUGCCCGCUCCAUCACCAUGAAGCCUGGGAUUGGGCCACGAGGAACAAACAGUAGAUGCCCUUGCCUUCCAGUCCAAGAAACUGCUUCUUGAAAUGGAUUUUACAACAGCCACUCACCGUUUCCUCCUGAGCCUGCUCUCUGAUCAGCUGGAUCCCCACGUGAGCAUGAGCUGGCCCAGUAAAGACUGCCUGCAAAGGACAGGUGUGCUGGGCGUGUUGAGAGCCUUGGAGUGACUACCUGUAUCUCAGAUCUGAGUACAAGCCUGAGGCCUUUGCUUUUGUCUUUUUUGAUGAGGGCUCACUCCAGCUUCAUAUGGUGCCAAGAUGUUGCUGCUUCUGAAGUUGGCUCUAACAUCUCUGGUCUUUAGAGCCACCAGAUCUCUCUGGCCCAUACAGAUAUCAGAGCAGACAGAAAUUUCUCCCUGCAAGCGCUCAGUCUCAUCCUGGCAAGUCAAAGACCUCAUGGCCAAAUCCUGCCCUCUUAAGUCUCCAGGAACGCUGCAGGGAAAACCCAGCUGAGGCCUGGGCCUAGACUAUGGUGAGGUCACUAGAUUCUACCCCUCUCCCCCCCACCCCCCACCAUUAAUACCUUUUCCUUCCUCAGAAAUCUCCCCUAACCUGAAUUGCAGCCCCUUCCAGUUUGCUUUCCUUUGGCCUUCCAGACCCCAGGAAGUUUGCCUUCCCUUCCUAGCACUAUGGUUUCUGCCACUGGCCAUGAUUUCAGGGAGCUGGCUGAGGCCGGCUGAGGCCACACCUGUGCCAGUGGGGCUUCCCUGGUGCUGCAGCACUUGUAAACCACACACAGCCUCUCUCCCUGGACAUAUGUUAGCACAUUGGCAUUUGGUAUUGGUGGCCUGGCAUGGUAGGUACUACCCAAUGAAGAGUGUACUAUAUAUUUUCAUUACUAUAGGCCAUACUUAUACAGACGUGUAUAUAUAUUUAUAUAAGAUCUACCUAUCUUAGGAUGGAACCUUGGGGAAAAAUGAAAUUGAGGGGAAGUAAAAAGUAUGUAACACUUCCAGAUGUGAGCCAAGAUUGUAACCAGAGAGCAGCUAGGAGCUUCCUGUCAGUAACCAUGUUUUCAAUAAAUACUCUUUCAUGUACAAA